AUGUACUCCCCCAUCUUCCCUUCGAUGCGCGGAGAUCCGAUUGCUUCUCGCGAAGAAAACAACGAUCCAAUAGAGCUGUCCCCUCGUCGCCCCGAAACACCCGCCGAAGGACAAUGCGGUUAUUCUUUCCAGGAGGCCAGAAACAUGUCUACAGCCGACGAGCAUAGGGCAUUUCUUGCCCCUAGCAUGGUAGAUAUCUCGGAUCAGCAGUCUUUACACCCCGCCUCAGUCUCAGAGAUAUCCUCGCCAGACUCGGAAGAAGAGCUUUCCAAGCAGAUGACCUCGAAGCUCGCUGAAAACGAAGUCCCGAACCACAAUCAGCCAAGUGCACCACUAGACAGCGGGUUAUCCGUCGAAUGGAUAUGGUCAGUGUGGUGGGUGGAGAUGUUCAGCAGCGUUCUAGCAUUGGAGUGCAUCUCUGCCAUAGUCAUUAUCUUAUCCGUUUACCGAGGACAACCUCUUCCCAACUGGCCGAAGCUCAUAUCAAUCAACUCCUUUAUCGCCGUCUUCACGGCUGUGUUCAAAGCUGCGCUUAUACUUCCUGUCGCCGAAGGCUUAGGACAGUUGAAAUGGAACUGGUUCGAUAAAUCUCAAACGCUAGGUGAUCUCGUCUUGUUUGACAAUGCGAGUCGAGGGCCGUGGGGCUCAGUUCUGUUGAUGAAGAGAUGCAUUCUCCGGCCGAAUAUUAGAGGAUAUCUGGCUGGACUCGGUGCAUUCAUCACCGUUGCAGCCCUCGCAAUCGACGCUUUUUCUCAGGCUACAAUCAAUCUUGGCUCUUGUAAUAUCACGACAGAGUUGGGAAUAGCCGAAGUGUCUCGGACGAACAACUAUUCGGGCAUUCCUCAACAGCGCGACAGCUCCCUUGAUGCUGCCCCCAUCACCUCAAGUCAGAAAAUGCGGAAGGCUAUCAACAAGGGUCUUGUGGAUCCUCCGAAGGCUGGGGAGCUGAUAAACUUCGCGUGCACCUCUCGCAACUGCACUUUCACGCAAGAUGGCGGAGGAGGCUACUUCUCGUCACUCAGAAUCUGUUAUUCUUGUAAAUACAUUACAGACAAAGCUAUCCUCGAGAUUUUCACCAAUAAAUUGGCACCCGCUUCCAAUGUUUCGACGCGGUACCUUCCAUGGAGCGAAAACAAGACUGAUGAGAGGGUCUUCCAAGGGGAAGGCGGUGGUACACUUCUGACAAUGACACCUACACCCAGUCAGGCGUACAACAACAGCUCGCCUCCCAUUUACGGCUUCGAUAUUUUGUCGCUUGCAUCUUUCAAGUGUGAUUCAUGUGGGCCUGGAAAGUCGCCGAUGAACAGAAAAUUUUGCAGCUCAAUGCAGGAUCGACCCCUGCGUCAAGAAUUAUCACGCCACGGUCACUGA